AUGACUGGCGCCGGCUAUCAGCUGCUCCCACGCAGGGAAAGGGAGGAGACACGUCUUUCCAUGGAUCAAAAUAUCAAGUCCCUCCCCGAAAAGCAUUUACUUCCUCUAUCGCUCGAUAAUGACGAAGACAGUCAAGAAUUGACUAGCAGGAAACCUUGCCUGUUGGUCAAGGCCAUUUUUUGCAUAGUCAUCAUUGCAUCUAGCACUUUUGCUGCCUGCUGUGUGUAUCGUCGUGGUGGGGUAACCCCAGUGAUAUGGGCAAACCGACCCAUCACAGACUACUCCACGUCCGCCACCGUCAGCUCCGAUUCGCCUGUCGUUUUCGGUCUUGGCAUCGGCGACGUCACAGGGCCCAUUGUUGAAGUCAACAUGAUGGGUUAUGCGUCCCUCCCGCAAACCAACACGGGCCUGCAUAUUCGUCUACGAUCUAGAGCCUUCAUCGUUGGCUCUUCAGAUGCACCCACUUUCUUCCGUAAACCCGUCGAAAGAUUUAAGAGCUUCAUACCAACUGCUGAUGGCUCUGCCAUCCGAUGGUUGUUCAUCAACUCGGACAUCUGCAUGGGUGAUACUGCUCUGCGCAAAGCUAUCGUCGACCAGCUUCGUGAAAAAUAUCCUGGCGUCUAUGGCGAGCGUAACGUCGCUUUUGUUGGAACGCAUUCACAUGCUGGUCCGGGUGGGUUCAUGCAAGCCCUUCUGCCUACAUUAACGUCCAAAGGCGUCAUUAUGCAAAAUUUCGAUGCCAUCGUAGAGGGAACGGUUCGAGCUGCUGUUCGCGCACACGACGAUUUCGUAGCUAGACAGGACAAAGUGGCCAACGGAGGCAGUACGCGUCUAAGCUAUGGCAAAACACGGUUGGAAGAUGCGCACAUUCAACGUAGCCGAUAUGCCUACGAACAGAAUCCUCAGGAAGAAAGGGAUUUGUACAAUGACGAGGAUCAAGAUCAUGACUUUGGCUUGCUCAAAUUCGAGGAUAUCAGCUCGAAUGGAGACAGCUCCGCAGCCGGCUUCCUGUCAUGGUAUGCGGUACAUGGUACUUCUCUGUACGAGAACAACACACUUACCUCUGGUGAUAACAAAGGGCUAGCUGCACUUCUGUACGAAACAGCAGAGCAGCCAGAUAAGCUUCCCGGGCAGAACGAUUUUGUUGCUGGAUUCUCUCAGGCUCUUGUAGGGGAUACUUCGCCCAAUACCAAGGGUGCGUGGUGUGACGAUGGGUCGAUGUGCGAAUACAAGCAUUCGACAUGUGACAAUGGAAAGGGAAAGGAGCGAGUGCAAACAUGUCAUGGUAGAGGACCUGCUUGGGGUAUGAAUGAAUAUCUUCCGACCAGUCCAACCGGAGGGUACGAUUGGGCGUCGAACGAGAUCAUCGCUCGAAAGCAGGUCGACGCCGCGCGUACAAUCAUGUCACGCGAUGCUUUGUCCCGCGACUUUGGAGAGUACGAGGGGUUGACGUUGCUCACCGGACCAGUGAAAAGCGUCAAGAUGAACGUCGACAUGAGUCAGUACACUGUCUAUCGACCUGAUGGCAGCCGUGUCAAGACUUGCCCCGCUGCUCUAGGGUACGGCUUUGCCGGUGGCACAACCGAUGGUCCUGGCGCAUUCGAUUUCGUUCAGGGAAGCAACAAGACCGACCACCACAAUCCGUUCUGGGACCUGGUUAAAGGCUUCAUCAAAAAUCCGGGACCGGAACAGAUCGAGUGCCAAGCACCCAAAGCGAUUCUCUUGGACAUUGGAGAGAUUCACAGACCGUAUGAUUGGGGCCCGUCGAUCGUCGAGGUCCAGAUGCUGAGGCUGGGCGAAUUGUUCGUCUUGAUAGUGCCUGGCGAAUUCACUACGAUGGCAGGACGCCGGCUGAAGAGGGUGGUAAGCGAAGCGAUCAAACGCGCCGGGCUGGUGGAGGAAGGAAAGGAGCCGAUUGUACAGGUGAGCGGUCCAGCAUCGACAUACGGCCACUACGUGACGACGGAAGAAGAGUACAGUGUUCAACGCUAUGAGGGGGCGAGUACGUUGUUCGGACCUCAUACGUUGGAAGCAUACAUGGAUGUGUUCUCGCGACGACUCGUGCCGGCGUUGAAGGAAGGCGCACGUGAUCUUCCUGUGGGUCCGCAAAAGAGUUUCGAUAUGCGCAAAACAUGGAAACUCAAGACAGGUGUAGUGUACGACAACCCGCCUGUAGGACACUCGUUUGGAGAUGUCUUGGAACAACCGCUGCUCUCAUACCCCAUCCCGAACUCGAACACGUCUCUUUUCAACGACUCGCCCACCACGUCGUCGACUUCGAACAUCAGCGUGACAUUUAUUGCCGCCAAUCCACGUAACAACCUCCGUCUGGAAGCAACGUACUUCGAAAUCCAACGGUUCACUCAAGACGGCAUCUGGAAAGUGGAACGAACCGACGGCCACCAUUCGACAACGAUGCGCUGGACAAGAACAAAUGGGUUCCAUGGUUCCAGUGUCUUGCAGAUCGGAUGGACUGUCGAGCCUUGGACGAAAGAGGGCUUGUACAGGGUCGUAUAUCUGGGUGAUAGGAAGACUCCGUUCACGGGAAAGAUUCAGCGAUUCGAGGCGGUGUCCAGUGAGUUUUACCUUGUUUAG